GUGAAGCAAGAGCUAGUUAUGCAGCGACAGCCUGAGUGGAGCCUAUUAGAACGAGCAGGCCUAAUUAAGAAAGGGAUGGCUGCUGCUUUGUCGGGGCUGCAUGCGCUUGAUGCGGAGCAGAGGGCAGAUGCAAUCGCUGAGUCGGUCGCGGACUAUGCGGUUUUCUGA